GUCCAUGUAAUCGUGUUCAGAACCUUUUUCGUUGGGAUGCUCAUGCAGCGUCGGUUACUUGGAAGGGAAAUCUCAAAUCUGCCCGAAAUCGAUUCCGGCCUCGACUUCCAGACCCCCGGCUUCGUGAGAUUACGCGACCUCCAUCCAGACCCACUAUGAGACCUCAAUCACGAUAGCUCCAUCGCUCCCUCACCAGUUCCACCAUCAGCUAUCUCGAACACUCUGCACCAUGGCCGACAUUAUCAAGGGCCUCUUCGGGGGCGGCAAAGCCCAACAAUCCCCUCUUUCAUCUGCAGACGAUGACUUCGCCGAUUUCGCCGGAGUUCCUGAUCCAUCGCCGGUGUCCAUCCCGAUCUCCUCGCCGUCAUUUUCGCCUGCGAAGCCAUCGCUUGGGUUAGCGACCGGACCGUAUCCCUACACGAAAUGGUAUCGCGUGUGGGAACGCGCGUCACCGAGCGACUUCAUCCUGGAAGCCAUCAUCAUCCCCGUCAUUGCCAUCGUGGUUCUGAUUCAUUUCUGGGGGAAGCGACGAAAUCAGCGCACUGCUCAUGCAUGGAUAAAAGCACAUGCGCCGGUCCUCAAGAAGGAGUUUGCCUCGGUGGGAUUCGAGGGGAGGAAGAAAGACGACGAGCUGGAUGACAGUGAGCUCGUUGACCCGGCCAAGCUGCUGAAAACCAAGGCGUUCAAUGAAUACACGACCUAUGCGACCGGUCGCCAGAAUGUGGCGUUCGUCGAUAUUCGCAUCACGCUAUUGAAGUGGUACAAUCCCGCGGUCAUCGCCGGGGAGAACCUGGUCAAUCUGUUCUUCGAGAGCCUCGAAGCCACCCAAGAGCGGGUGCAGGCCAACCUCUACUGCUUCGACGGAAAAGAGAGCCAGCUGGCUCCCGGAUUGGCAGGAAAGACGCCGAACUCCACUUUCGACGGGUUCGUGUGGGCGAUCGUGCAUAAGGAUGCCAUGAGGAGGCUGCGGGAAGGGCAAUACGACCUUUCUCUUACGACCACCAAGGAGCACCCGAAGCUACCCAAUUGGGCGACGAUAAUGACCGAGAGCGCCGAGAUCACGGACACCCUGCUUACGCCGGAGCUGAUCAAAGCCGUCGAGCAAGCGGGCGACUCCCUCGAGGCGCUGAUCAUCUCUGACCAGCCGAUCGAGCAACCCACGAAGCUCGAGGAACUAACCAGCCGCAAGCGCGUCUCCAUCAACAUGCGCCUCCCCUCCUCCGGCGACUACGCUCCUACCAUCCCACUGUUCCACUACUUCCUCCGCCUCCCCGACCUCCUCGUCAGCUCUGCCCGCUUCCGCCCCGAGGUGAUGCGCCGCGUGAAGCAGACGCGAGAGGAGGAGUCGCGGAAGAUCCGCAAGGCGACCGAGGGCGAGGUGGCAGAGGAGCGGAAGAUGAAGGCCGACCGGGAGAAGAAGGAGAAGCGGGACGCGCAGCUAAAGAAUAUGAGCGCGGAUGAGCAGCGGAAGUUUUUGGAGAAGGAGAGGGAGAAGGAGAAUCGGAGGAAGUCGAAGCGGCAGACGAUGCGAGGGUAGGGGAUGUGAUGUGGUGGGGUGUUGAUGUAGGAGCGUUCUAGUGGAGAUGUGUAAGGGGUAUUCUUUGUAAUUGUAUGUGAUUAAACCUGAUAGGAUGGCACACUUCGGUCGAUAGCGUGAGCUGUCUACGCUGUUGCCUUGCUACAGAUAAUUGAAAAGCAUUUGCUGCAUUGCGCUUAUCCAU